ACUACCCUUGUAACAGUAAUGCAGCUGCAUAUGUACUGUGUAGCUUGAAUACAGCGUCUCUCGAAAGACCAAAAAAAAAGAGAAGAAGAAGAAAGAAAUCUAAUUUAAAUUUCUCCAAAUAGAGACAGAGAGAGAACGGAGGACAAGAAAAGAGAGAGAGAGAGAUGGCAACAAAAGACGACACCAAAGAAACCCCUAAAACUCCUAAAACGUCGUCGAAUUCGAAGAAUUCUCGAGGGGCAAUGCGAUCGGUUGAUACAUAUGCUGCACAGUGUGAAAAAUGCAUGAAAUGGAGAGUGAUUGAAACCGAAGAAGAGUACGAGGAAAUUAGAAGCAAAAUUGUAGAGAAUCCCUUUUAUUGCAACAGAAAACCUGGUAUAUCUUGUGAGGAUCCUGCCGAUAUCGAGUGUGAUGCAUCUCGAACAUGGGUCAUUGACAAGCCUGGGCUCCCAAAGACCCCAGGGGGUUUUAAGAGGAGCUUGGUGCUCAGGCGAGAUUUUUCGAAAAUGGAUGCUUACUAUAUCACUCCGACAGGAAAGAAACUAAGAACGAGAAAUGAAAUUGCAGCAUUUUUAGAAGCAAAUCCAAAAUACAAAGGUGUAUCUAUCGAGGACUUCAAUUUCACAUCUCCAAAGGUAAUGGAAGAAACCGUACCUGAGGAUGUGAAGAAGGCAACUGCUAGUGCUAGCAGUAAAAAAGUUAAGGCAUCGAAGGAUGCAGCUUGAGCUGGAACUGGUAUGUCGUUAAAGCUGUUUCUAAAGUGAACUCGUCAAUCGGUGUUGUAUUUUAUGAGAUCGCUCUGAUGAGAAAUUUCUGAUCAGUUUUACUUCCAUGUGGGGAUUUUGUUGAAUCAACACAUUUACGGACAGUGGUGGAACUAUGGGGAUGGCUGUAAGAAAAAUAUUUAUUUAACAGUUAGGUUGCUGCCCUUUACCAUUUAUCUAUUAGACUGUUCUCCGAAGUGUUGGAUAUACUAUUUGCUAUUUUUGAAACUUGUCUUUAUUGAGAUUUCAUGAGUGAGAACUGAGAAGCAAGAAUAGAGUUGGUUCUAAA